CAAUUUCAGGAGUUGUUUCAGAUGGCUGCAGCUCUCCGGUCACAGUGUUUAUGGAUAAUCGUUUCUUCCUUCUUCUUCUUCUUCCCCUCGGUGUUUUCUCAAGGUGGAGACGAGUUUGUGUACUAUGAUUUCAGAAAAGCGAAUCUGUCCAUUGAUGGAAUGGCGACUAUCCUCUCCAGUGGCCUUUUGCAACUUACAAAUGAUUCAACACAGAGUACUGGUCAUGCUUUCCACAGAUUCCCUGUAGAAUUCGAUACGUCUUCCUCCAGCUCAUCGGAGUCGCUUUCAUUCUCGACGGAAUUCGUAUUCGCGUUUGUUCCAGAAGCAGGAAACCGAGGCCAAGGAAUGGCUUUCGUGGUAUCCGCUUCCACUGACUUCAGGUAUGCUAAUCCAACCUCAUACUUGGGGCUUUUCAAUAGAUCAACUGACAAUAAGACAGAAAACCAUGUUCUGGCCAUAGAGCUCGACACUAACAGAAGCCCUGAUGCUGAAGAUAUAAGUGAUAACCAUGUUGGGAUCGACGUCAACAGUAUCGUCUCCAUGGAAUCCGCAAAUUCUAGUUACUUUUCCAAUGCAGAAGGGAAGAACAUAAGUUUGGUUCUUGCCAGUGGAAAACGUAUUCUGAUCUGGAUAGAGUAUGAUGGUGCUGAUAAACUGCUAAAUGUAACUCUAGCCCCGAUCCCGGUUCAAGAAUCUGAUUCGCCUCUCCUGUCAAGAUCCAUCAAACCAAGCUUGCCUCUCUUGUCAAGACCCAUCAAUCUUUCCGAGAUAUUCUUGGAGGAGAUGUACAUCGGUUUCUCGGGAUCCACAGGCACGGUCAAAAGUGAUCAGUACAUCCUCGGAUGGAGUUUCAAGAAAGGUGGAAAAGCCGAAAGCCUCGACAUGUCAAAGAUUCCUAACCUCCCUCCUCCGCCUCCUCGAAAGCGACCCCCUACAGUUAUAGUUGCUUCUAUAUCGGCAGUCGCUUUUCUGAUGAUAGCAGCUGCAGUUCUUUAUCUUUAUCAGAAAAGGAAAUACGCAGAGAUUCUCGAACAGUGGGAGAAGGAAUACAGCCCUCAAAGGCUCUCCUUUAAGACCCUUUACAAAGCAACCAAAGGUUUCAAAGAAAGUAUGUUACUUGGAGCAGGAGGCUUUGGAAAAGUCUACAGAGGAGAACUCCCUUCCGGUACUGAAAUCGCCGUUAAGAGAGUUUCCCAUGAGGCAGAACAAGGAAUGAGACAGUAUGUUUCGGAGAUCGUUAGCAUGGGAAGACUAAGGCACAGGAACCUGGUUCAGCUCCUCGGUUACUGCAGAAGGAGAGGAGAAUUGCUCUUGGUAUACGAUUACAUGCCAAAUGGAAGUCUUGACGACUACUUGUUCAACAGCGAGAAACCGAAAAAACUAAACUGGUCUCAGAGGUUUCGAAUAAUCAAGGGAGUGGCUUCUGCCCUUCUUUACCUGCAUGAAGAGUGGGAACAAGUUGUGCUCCACAGAGAUAUCAAAGCAAGCAACAUCCUCUUAGACUCCGGUUUAAACGGAAGGUUAGGAGAUUUCGGUCUUGCAAGAUUCCACGACCGAGGCACUAACCUCCAAGCCACUCGGGUGGUUGGAACCAUCGGCUACAUGGCUCCAGAGCUUACCGAAAUGGGUCUGGCCACAACUUGGACAGACGUCUAUGCCUUUGGUGCUUUCAUGCUAGAGGUGGCUUGUGGGAGGAGACCGGUAGACCCGGAAAGACCACCAGAACAGAUGAUUCUGGUCAAGUGGAUAGCCAGUUGUGGAAGAAGAGGUCACCUGCUGGAUACUGUUGAUGAUAAACUGGAAGGGGACUUUGAAGUGGAGGAAGUAGAGAUGGUUUUGAAGAUGGGCAUGCUCUGUUCACAGAGAAUGCCAGAAGACAGACCUGCAAUGAGACAGAUAUUACAGUGUCUGGAAGGAAAUGACAGAGUUCCGGACAUAUCUUUUGAGAAUGCUGAAUUUGGCAUCCCCUCUUUAAGCAAUGAAGGACCAAUGAUCACUUCCUCAUCAGCAGCAAGUUUCUCAUAUGAUACUGUUACUGUCUUAUUUGAUGGUCGCUGAACGCGAAGCCAGCGAUCCCAAUAUUGUUGUGUAUAAUCUCUCUUUUUGUAAUGGCAUUGUAUAUACUAUAACUGUGCUCUCUGAUACGAAGGUUCCAUAUUCAAAUAACGUGAUAUAUA